AUGACCACCCCCUCAGCCCCCCGCAUCCUCCUCCUAGGCGGCCACGGCCGCGUCUCCCUGUACCUCACGCCCCUCCUCCUCUCCCGCUCCCACCCGGUCACCUCCGUGAUCCGCAACCCCCAGCACGCCUCCGAGAUCGAGGCCUUCAAUUCCUCAGCUUCAGCCAAAGCCAAAGUCGAUGUCUUGGUGGACAGUCUGGACGAGGUGCAGGAUGAAGGCGACGCGAAGCGGGUGUUGGAGAAAGUGAAGCCCAACUGGGUGGUGUGGGCGGCCGGGGCGGGGGGGAAGGGUGGCGCGGAGAGGACGGAGAAGGUGGAUCGGCGCGCUGCUGUUGCUUACAUCUCCGCCGCAGCGAACACCCCCUCCAUCACGAAAUUCCUCAUGAUCAGCUACGUCGCUUCGCGCCGCGGGUACCCGUCAUGGUGGAACGCCGAGGACCGCGCCGCGGCCGACAAGGUCAAUACCGAGACGCUGCCGGCGUACUAUAAAGCGAAAGUGGCGGCGGAUGAACAUCUUGCCGCGGUGGCCAAGAAGAGGGGGAAGGGGUUCCAGGCGAUUAAUCUCCGGCCUGGGACGUUGGCGGAUGACGAGGGGACGGGGAGGGUGUGGCUUGGCAAGACGUCGAGUCGCGGCAAGAUCAGUCGCGAAGAUGUGGCGAGGGUGGCGGUCGAGUUGCUGGAGAGGGAUGAUGUGCAAGGCUGGUGGGAUCUGUUGCAGGGCGAAGACGAGAUCAAGCCCGCGGUGGAGAAGCUGGCCAAGGAGGGCUGGGACGCGAUGAUGGACGGGGAAGAUCUGGACAGGAUCUACUCUGUCGCAUAG